UUGCUUGUGUCUCUUUAUUAGUUGUUUUUAGAAUAUCCUAGAAUGAUUUACUGACCCAUGUAUCGAUAAACGUAGUAUCGCCAUGUCAUGAGAUCGUUAUCGUGAGCUUUGUACGGUAUUGUAUCGUGAGGUACCAAGAGGUUCCCACACCUAAUACUGAAACAUCAGCAUUCACCUUCAACCCUACCAAGUUCGAAUGGAUUGGACUUUUCAACUUGUACAGUGACCGGACUGGACAAUAAUUAACUCGAGUGAUGUCACUCGGCGCCAGUGACGUCACGCGACGUCCGAGUCUUUCUCCUUCCCCCUUCAUUAGUCAUCUGUCGACAUGCAGCGCGUCAGGACGCCUCUGCAACUCCUGUUCACCUCCUCUGCUCUUCAUCAUCACCGCCAUCAUCAUCAUCAUCAUCAGGGGUCGCGCUCAGUGGGGAUUAUCGGGGCGCCUUUCUCCAAAGGACAGCCCCAGGACGGCGUGCAGCUCGGACCCGACGCCAUCCGCGCCGAGGGACUCGUGAGCAAGCUUGAGGCGCAAGGUUGUGCUGUGAGGGAUUAUGGGAACUUGUCAUUUGAAGAUGUGCUGGCUGACGCACCAGUGGGUCGGGUAAAACACACCCGGGCGGUGGGCAGCGCCAACCGGAGGCUGUCGGAGGCGGUCCGGGCAGCAAAGCGGGAUGGGCACACUGCGGUCGUGCUUGGCGGGGAUCACAGCCUGGCCAUGGGUUCCGUCCACGGGCACGCGGCCGCGGUCGGGGAGCUUAGCCUGGUUUGGGUGGACGCCCACGCUGACAUAAAUACACCGCUUAGCACCCCCACCGGGAACAUGCACGGGCAGCCUGUGUCGCUCAUACUGCACGAGCUGCGCGCAAAGAUCCCCGUCCUGCCAAACUUCUCUUGGAUGUCGUCGUGCGUGUCGGCCAAACAUCUGGUCUACAUCGGCCUGAGGGACUUGGAUCCUGAAGAGCAUUUCAUCCUAAAGCUAGCAGGCGUGAAAGCAUUUUCCAUGACAGAGGUGGACGCGUUAGGUGUUGGCCGAGUGAUGGAGGAGACAUGCGAUUACCUGUGUAAGUGUGGGACCGAGAGACCGAUUCACCUGAGCUAUGACGUGGACGCUUUGGACCCGAAUGUGACGCCGGCGACUGGAACGCCCGUCAUGGGCGGGCUCACCUAUAGGGAGGGCGUGUACAUCGCGGAGCACCUCGGCAACACCGGGCUGCUGUCGGCAGUGGACGUGGUAGAGGUGAACCCUUUGCGGGUCGGGACGGAGAAGGAAGUCCGUUCAACGGCAAGGGUGGCGGUGGAUAUUCUGCUCGGCUGCUUUGGUCGCAUGCGGGGCGGGAACCACCCGCCUGAUUUCUGCCUGCCUGACGCAUGAAACCCAGACCAGAACACUUUAUAGCAUUUAUCCAACAUUCUUGAUAGUCUAACUCAUUUUCUACCAUUGUGUCCGUACAAUUUCAUUGUCUUCACAAGUAAGAAACGCCUGAUGAGUAUGGGUUUUUCCCCCUCCACUCCAAGUGUCACUUUGGCCGACAAAACUGUUCAAACGUCUUUCAGAGGAGGACAAGAAAGACAACACGAAACCCGCACACAAAUUGAAUGUGAAAGUGUUUGUUUGAUUUUUAAAAUGGACAAAUCAUUUAGCUCAUUCAAUAGAUAAAAAAACAAAAUAAAAGAAUUUAAGAUGGGUCAAAAUUCAUAAAUACUCUAUUUUCCACACUAAAAGGCGAAUUGGAAUAUAAGGCGCACCUUCAAUAAUUGGCCUAUUGUAAAACUUUUCGUAUAUAGGACGUAUCGCAUUAUAAGGUGCAGUAGUAGUAGUAGUAGUAGUAAUAGUGGUUGGUGUUGUAUUAUACAUCCACUAGAUGGUGCUGCGCUAAAGGGAAUGUCAUGCCAUGAUUAACCAAUAUUGAUCAAUAAAUAAAUCACAUGCUUUUGAGAAAAUUAAAGGCUUUGAGGUGCGCCUUAUAGUGCAGAAAAUACAGUAGUUUAACUUCCGAAGUACUUCAUAAAAUUAAAAAUUUUAGUUUGUGCUUAAAGGUUUUGUUCACAAAAUAAUUCAAGCUUGCUUACAAUUUAGAUGACUCAGUUUAUUGUUAGAAAAACCACAAUUUACUACCUAAAUAUUUAUAUUGUUAAAUAUAACUAUUUUAGUACAAGUAUUUUUUUUUUUAAAGUAAACUUUCAUUCAUUUUCAAAUGUGAAACUAACAAUACUAUUACCGUAAUUUUCGGACUAUAAGGCUUAUCUGACUAUAGGCUGCCGCCCACCAAAUAUGACACAAAAAAUUUUUGUUUAUCGAUAAGCCGCACUGAACUAUGAGCCGCAGAUGUCCGCACUGCAUUAUGGAAUUAUAUUAGGGCUGCAGCUAUCGAUUAUUUUAGUAGUCGAUUAAUCGAAGAGCUAUUUAGUUCGAUUAAUCUGAUAAGGAACAUAAAAAAUUAAAAUACCUGAGCUGAGCCUCAAAUGGUAUCAAAAAUUAGGGCUGCAGCUAUCGAUUAUUUUAGUAGUCGAUUAAUCGAAGAGCUAGUUAGUUCGAUUAAUUUGAUAAGGAACAUAAAAAAUUAAAAUACCUGAGCUGAGCCUCAAAUGGUAUAAAAAACAAACAAAAAAAUGAGGAUCUAUGUACAACAAAAGAACAAAAAUAGCAAAAGGCCGCUAGCUUAAAUGCUAUAAAACGCUAAUGUUUUUUUUGUUUUUUAACACAAUGCGCUUAACAAAUGGUUCAGACACAUAUUCCCACAAAAACGACUAAAUAUACCUAUAAACUACGUUACGAAUGCAUUAAAAAACGUUAGCUCAAACAAAAACUUAGCUUAUGUUGGUCUUAAGGCAAGGCAAGGCAAGGCAAGGCAAGGAACAGCUGGAUUUAGUCAUGUGAAAUGAGGCAGACUAGAGGGCAGUGUAUCCACCCAAAUCAGUUAAACUAAAUGCAAACACUUUCAAAACAAACCAUUGGAACACCACUUUAAUUAAACGAAUACUCGAAGCAGCAAAAUCUAAUUCGAAAAAUUUUUUUCUAAUCGAAUAUUCGAGUUAAUCGAUUAAUCGUUGCUGUACUAAAUUAUAAUAAUAUUAAUAGGUAACACUUUAUUUGACAGUGGCAUCAUACGACUGUCUUAAGACCAAAUGAACCACCAUGAAGCUUUAAACCAAUUGGUUGCAAAGCUUCAUUGCUUCAAGAAGCUUCAUUUGGUCAUCAUUGCCCCCUUGGGGGAGACCGUCAACAAUGUUGUUGUCCAACAUGCCUCCUAGCAUGCAUUGCAGUGCUACAGUUGCUAAAUAACGAUCAAAAUUCGUGUUCUGUGCUAAGUAUUUCUUCAACUACUGUUCUAGUUGUUUCAUUAAUUGCUACCUAUGGAAUUUGGUAACACUUUAUUUGACAGUAGUGCAAUAAGACUGUCAUAGACAAUCAUAAUUAUGACAUGACACUGUCAUGAGCAUUAAUGAAUGCUUACAACACAGUUUAGUGUUAUGGGGCAAAUUAUCUCACUUUUCAAUGGAUGAAUAAGAUCCAAGCUGGACAUCAAUGGACUUAGUGACAUAAUUUGCCGGAUGGUACUUAAUGACUUCUGUCAUACGCAUUCAGUAAUGCCCAUGAUAGUGUCAUGUCAUAAUUAUUACAGUCUUAUGACAGUCUUAUGACACCACUGUCAAAUAAAGUGUUACCUAAUAACCCAAAUAAAUAAGCCGCACUGGACUAUAAACCGCAGUAUUUAAAAUGAGGGGGAAAAGUAGUGGCUUAUAGUCCGAAAAUUACGGUAGUAAUUUAGUGAAAAGACUAAAAUAUUUGUUGUGGGGAAAAAAAAUAAUUGAUUUUUUUUAGAAAUACAUGACUAAAAAUGUGACUAUAACAGUGUAAUAAAUAUAAUUUAACUAAUAUGGACUUAAAAACAUUUGAUUAAAAGGUAAUCACUAAAAAAAAUACUAAUACAUGUGCCUGGUUUUCUUUCAAAAGAUAAUAUAAUAAUUAAAUACUUUCAAUAAAAAUCAACCAAUUGAUAAAAAAUCAUCUGUAGAAAGGUAACGUUUAAGGGGACGACACCAAAAAAAAAAAAACACAAAAAAACCCAACUAAAUAAAUAGAACAAAUUUUACAGGACUAUUGAUCAUGUGAAUGUCCAGUAGGCCGAUGCCCACCCAUCAAAGCAGAGAACAGAAUGUCAAUGACCCCGCUUGCAUAACAAGCCGAAGGCAAACUGAGCGUAGCAAGAAUUUUAAUCCGCCAAACAGGAAAUGGAGUCUAAAAAUAUUCCGAUAAUGAAUUAUUUGGAAGCCACAUAUAAUCAUAGUGAUUAUCCCCCCUUUAAUUGUGACCGCAAGCAUUUCUAAGAGUUUUCCAGACUGCAGCGCCUCCUGAAUUCCUGACCUCGCUCGUGCAUCCACUUGUUUGCCACUGAGGAAACACAUUAUAAAUUGAUAGUUACUAUAAAAAAUAAAAAAAGUUCAUUCUAGCGAUUAGGGAGUCAGGAAUGAAUGAAUGAUUCCGAACGCAGUAACUGCGUUCGGAAUCAUUCAUCAUUCCCAACUCCCUAAUCACUAAAACUGCAUUUGUUUAUGGCAGAAAACACAGACAAGACUGAAAAAGCAGUUUCUGCUCUUGCACCCCUCUUUCAAAUACUGUAUUUUCAGCCAAAAGAACUGUUGUGUUUGAUAGAUCAAUAUGUCAAUAGGGUACCAUAGCAGUUUUAUGGCGCAUUUAGCCCCGAAACUAUUUUUAAUUUGUCGGUAUUACCCUGGAGACCCCAGUUUACAGACACCAUGCAACCACUUUGGUUCAACCCAGCCAUAAGAAGAAGGUAAGCAAUUAUAGCUAAUAUUCGAAAUGUCUAUCAUUUUUAGCUUACAAUCAUUAAUUGAUGUCUAAUAUUUGUCUUUAAAAAAAAAAAAAAAAAAAAAACUUCAUAAAAUUAUUCACUCGCAUAUUUUAAACUUUUAAACAAAUUACGCCACAAUGAAAACAAUCGUGUAUGUAAAUAGGUUAUGGAUAUCUACCGUAUUUUUCGGACUAUAAGUCGCAGUUUUUUUCGUAGUUUGGCUGGGGGUGCGACUUAUACUCUGGAGCGACUUAUGUGUGAAAUUAUCAACACAUUAUUAUAUCAUUUCACAUGUUAUUUUGGUGUUCUGGAGUGACACUGAUGGUUUGGUAAACUUUUUAGCAUGUUCUUUAUGCUAUAGUUAUCUGAAUAACUCUCAAUAGCUAUGUUACAUGAACAUUCCGGCCAAGUUCGCUGUUCAUGCAUCAUGUAACAUUAUCAUACUGCACACUUAUUCAGCAUGUUGUUCUCUACUGUAUUUUUAUUUUAAAUUGCCUUUCAAGAUGACAUAUCUGUUCUAUGUGUUGGAUUUUAUCAAGUAACUUUCACCAAAAAAAGAGACUUAUACUCCGGUACGACUUAUACAGUGGUAUUUAGUCAUCCACCAAUUGUGCAGCUUCUCCUACUUGAAAAGAUUAGAGAGACCUGUAAUUGUCAACAUGGGUAAACCUCAACCAUGAGAGACAGAAUGUGAAGAAAAAAAAACAGAAAAUCACAUUGUUUGAUUUUCAAAGAAUUUAUUUCCAAAUUAGAGUGGAAAAUAAGUAUUUGGUCACCUACAAACAAGCAAGAAUUCUGGCUGUCAAAGAGGUCUAACUUCUUCUAACGAGGUCUAAUGAGGCUCCACUCGUUACCUGUAUUAAUGGCACCUGUUUUAACUCGUUAUCGGUAUAAAAGACACCUGUCCACAACCUCAGUCUGUCACACUCCAAACUCCACUAUGGUCAGGACCAAAGAGCUGUCGAAGGACACCAGAGACAAAAUUGUAGACCUGCACCAGGCUGGGAAGACUGAAUCUGCAAUAGGUGAAACACUUGGUGUAAAGAAAUCAACUGUGGGAGCAAUUAUUAGAACACGGAAGACAUACAAGACCACUGAUAAUCUCCCUCGAUCUGGGGCUCCAUGCAAGAUCUCACCCUGUGGCGUCAAAAUGAUAACAAGAACGGUGAGCAAAAAUUCCAGAACCACACGGGGGACCUAGUGAAUGACCUACAGAGAGCUGGGACCACAGUAACAAAGGCUACUAUCAGUAACACAAUGCCCCGCCAGGGACUCAAAUCCUGCACUGCCAGACAUGUCCCCCUACUGAAGAAAGUACACAUCCAGGCCUGUCUGCAGUUCGCUACAGAGCAUUUGGAUGAUCCAGAAGAGGACUGGGAUGUCUUCUGGUCAGAUGAAACCAAAAUAGAACUUUUUGGUAGAAACACAGGUUCUCGUGUUUGGAGGAGAAAGAAUACUGAAUUGCAUCCAAAGAACACCAUACCCACUGUGAAGCAUGGGGAUGGAAACAUCAUGCUUUGGGGCUGUUUUUCUGCAAAGGGACCAGGAUGACUGAUCUGUGUAAAAGAAAGAUUGAAUGGGGCCAUGUAUUGAGAGAUUUUGAGUGAAAAUCUCCUUCCAUCAGCAAGGGCAUUGAAGAUGAGACGUGGCUGUGUCUAUCAGCAUGACAAUGAUCCCAAACACACAGCCAGGGCAACAAAGGAGUGGCUUCGUAAAAAGCAUUUCAAGGUCCUGGAGUGGCCUAGCCAGUCUCCAGAUCUCAAACCCAUAGAAAAUCUGUGGAGGGAGUUGAAAGUCAAUGUUGCCCAACGACAGCCCCAAAACAUCACUGCUCUAGAGGAGAUCUGCAUGGAGGAAUGGGCCAGAAUACCAGCAACAGUGUGUGAAAUGCUUGUGAAGAGUUACAGAAAACGUGUGGCCUCUGUUAUUGCCAACAAAGGGUACAUAACAAAGUACUGAGAUGAACUUUUGGUAUUGACCAAAUACUUAUUUUCCACCAUGAUUUGCAAAUAAAUUCUUUAAAAAUCAAACAAUGUGAUUUUCUGUUCCCCCCCCCCCCCACAUUCUGUCUCUCAUGGUUGAGGUUUACCCAUGUUGACAAUUACAGGCCUCUCUAAUAUUUUCAAGUGGGAGAACUUGCACAAUUAGUGGUCGACUAAAUACUUAUUUGCCCCACUGUACAUGUUUUUUUUCCUCUUCGUUGGGCAUUUUAUGGCUGGUGCGACUUAUACUCAGGUGCAACUUAUAAAAAUACGGUACCUCAUAACUAUCGCUCAAUUGUUUUUUUUGUUACUGUUGCUUUUUUCCCGAUGUUUUAGAUAACAAAUAAUCAAUCCAAACAAAUUUUUUUUUUUUUAAAGUUUAAAAGGGUAAAUAUUUGAAAAAGAAAAUCUUCACGACUCUUUGAUGUCUGCGAUUUCUGCAUUGCAACCCUAGUUAUAUUACCGUGUUUAACCCAUAAAAUCCCCCAAAAAUCCGGCUGUGGCCAUUCACAGCUGUGUAUUGACACUCGGUAAGAGAUGCCAAACGGAGUUCUGGGAUCGAAACAAGGUAAGUACGUGAUAAUAUCUCGUUAAAUUCAUGGUGUCUUUAAUUGUGCUCUCUCAUUCUCUCACUUCGAGUUAGGGUUCAGGGGUUAAAUUUUUUUGACAUGCCCUCCUGCUCAAAAUUUCUCUUCCCCCAGAAAAUUGAGAUUUUAAGCAUUCCAAUGAUGUAUCAUGCAUAUCGGACAAUUUUGAAAUUUGGCCAAAUUGGGGGUCUCAGAGCAGAGAAAGUCUUCUGAGUGUUUUCCGCCAUAUAAUCCAUGAGAUGUCAAAGUGAAAAUCUCACCCCACUUGCUCCCCACAAGGACAGGACAUGCGGCGUGUCUGGUCCGAUAGUCUCCCUUUCCAUUAAGAUAAAGAUUGUACCACAACACAGCUGAGCCCUACCAUCAAAACAUAUACAAAACAUUAACACAUUACAUCCUUGAUCAGCUAGGUGUGUACAUUAGAGCAAACCUUUAUGGGUUCGACAAUUGCACCAACGUCGGGGAAGACUGUGGCACCCCCUGCCUGCACGUCGCUUAUCUGCAGCACAAAGGUGACAAUUAAAAUCAACGGGUUUUCCUAAAAUGCAGUGAUUGAGUUUCUGUUAAGUGUACUUGACUGACAUAAAACAGCCACGUGGCGAUUCGGUUUCCAGUGCCCAGUUUUGGAUAGGGUUCAGGAAUAUCGUCCUAUGGGAACAACAAAAGUUUACAUCACAAACUCUUCAUUCUCACAUUGGAUGUGCACAGAAGUAGGUAUUAAUGCAUUACAUUUACUUAGUUACAUUUACUUGAGUAAAGUUUUGAGAAAAAAGUACUUCUUAGAGUAGUUUUACCACACAAUACUUUUAUUUUAACUUGAGUAGAUUUGUGAAGAAGAAACACCACUCUUCCUCCACUACUUGGGCCCAUACUAGAGUUGUUACAUUUUUAGAAAAAAUAAUUUGUUAAUGACAGCAAUCUGCCUGCGCCACUUGACUAAUCCAAGUAUUGCCCUCCAGCGGUUGGCUGCCAUUACUGGGGUGUUUGCACACCCAUAGCAGUCCAGCGUCAAUCAAUGUAAACAGUAAUGUUAGUUGCUGUUGACUAUGUGCUGCGGGCGGUGACGUCUUAGGACAGCUUUUUUACGGGGAAAAUGCCAUCUGCUGAGCUCAAAGAGGAACCUACAACCAAAAAAAGCUAAAAGCUAGCAAACGAGGCAACAAAAACGAAUGCACUGAGAGCAUCAUACAUCAUGGCGAACCAUAUUGCUAAAGUCAAGAAAUUGGAUUGGAUUGGAGAAGAACUCAUUAUGCCUGCAACCAGGAUAUUUGCCGUCAAGUUUUAGGAGGGACCACUAUGAAUAAAGGUUGAUUCAGUGUAUGGUGAGUUACAUUUCCCCUGCACUUAAUUUUUCAGCCCCGUAGUGUUAUUUUAUAUUUACUGUAAUUUUCUGCCCACACAUUUCCGGUCCGCGGUUUAAAAAAGGUUGGGGCUGUAGUACAGUAUAAUAACAACAGUUGAUAUAGAUGAAGUUGUGCUGAGAAAAAAAAAAAAAACAUUAUUAAAAAAAAAAAAAAAAAAUCAGACAUUGGAAGCAGUUACUCACAAUGUUACUCAUUACUUGAGUAUUCUUUUAAAUUAAUACUUUUUUACGGUAACACUUUACAAUAAGGGUCCCUUAAUCAACAUCAGUUACUGCAUUUUUAGUCAAUAACUAAUGUUUAAGUAACAUGACAAUAAUUCAUUUAAUCCCUUAUCUAACAUUUAUUAAUAUAUUAAUUAACAUGAGUUAAUGCAUUUUUAGACAAUAACUAAUGUUUAAGUAACAUGACAAUCAUUCACUUAAUCCCUUAUCUAACACUUAUUAAUAUAUUAAUUAACAUGAGUUAAUGCAUGAGUUAAUGCAUUUAAAGACAAUAGCUAAUGCAUAAGUAACAUGACAAUAAUUCAUUUAAUUCCGUAUCUAACAUUUAGUAAUAUAUUAAUUAACAUUAGUUAACGCAUAACCAGACAGUAAUUAAUAGUUUGGUAAAAUUAAAAAAAAAAUAUAGGCCUAUAAAGGGUUAGUUAGGGUUUAAGGUUUGUUAACUUGAGCAUUUAUAAUUUCUUUGUUAAG